AAAAAACCACGUAGGUAUGUACGCGGUGCGCACCGUGUGAUAAACACACCGUUAUCAUUUGUUCGCCGACAACGUUACGUUUCUAUUCCAACAGCGGCCUAUCUGUGCCAUACUCCAAACAGGAAUUUCCAUUUGCACGCUCAGAAGGGCCGGCUCUAGCCGUCAGUGGUUGGUUUUCUGUGCUCAUUCGUUCGGUUUCCAGCGUAAGUUCGGCUACCGUGUCAUUCAUCGUAUUUACAUUUAUUUCCUUCCCGUCCCUUCCGGACAUGAAACCCGAGGCGAUCGUAUGGCUAGUGGGGCUACUGUGUUCCGUGCCCGCGUCCGCCUUUUACCUACCCGGUUUGGCGCCCGUCAAUUAUUGCAAGGAACUCGCCGCGACGUGCUUGGUAAAUAUUUUUGAGACAAAAGUACCAUUAUUAUUACCUAUUGUUAAUUGCCUAUCAAUGUUAAUUGUUAUACCUAUUAUUGUAACCGUACAACGAUAGGUAGGUAACCACGUCUCGCGUGUGCCGCCUACGGAUGAUGAAUCGAUGGCGAUGACGCUGUGGCGUCCGUUAGGUCUUAGACUGUGCGUCUCGAGUUGUAUUUUUUCGUCUGUUCCCCUGUAGUUCGUCGAUCGCCGAACACUUGUCUAUGCACCGAGUACUGCGUUUUGUCAGCGUCUGCCCUCCCUCCACUUGCACUCGCGUUAGUCGCGUCAAAAAUUCACGAUAUUAUUUACCGGCCGACGGCUACAGCGAUUAUCGUGUACCGUUUAACGCCGUUUGACCGUUUUUCUAAACUUCAAUGAUAAUCGGCGUCCUAACCGUCACACGUCAGAUUGUAUUAGUAAUACCGUUGAUUAUAAAUUGUAAUAUAAGUAAACGGACAAUUCCCCCUCCUACCGAAUAAUUUCGUUGGAUUAGACAUUUUCUCCUGGGGUACAUUUAUUAUGCAGACGUUUUCCUAAGUUCUUACGAUAUUUGUACACAUUGUAUGUUAUAGGUAUUCAAAGCAAUUGGUGGCAAAAUUAGACAUUAGACAACAAUAUUAAUUUUCAAAUUAAUUUUUUUUUUUUAUAUUAGGAGUGUAUAAGAGGGGGGGGGGGUUUGCAUUAAGUCAAGCGCUGGGUUUAUCUAGUCUUGCUAGUCGCCACCUCAAGGCUUAUUGUAAAUUUUUAGUUUAACUACAUUCAAAUGUUAUUGGUUUUCCUUGUCUACUUGUUGAAGUUUGUUUUAUAGUUUGUGCACAAUUAACUAGAACCACCACUCCUUUUAAUAUUCCUAUGUCUUCUUCUAACUUCCAGUCAAAUACUCCCUUUAUUUAUUGGUUGAAUUUUGCCAAUGAGGACCCAUCCUUAUCUGUCUAACAUACUUUCAUUUAGCACUUGUUCUGUUCUUAUUGUUAUUACUUUAUAAAAUAGAAACAUGUGGUACAUUUUGUAUUACCGUAUAUCAAUUGUAUUACAAUUAGGAUUAAGUGAUGAAUAAAGUGAAGAAAGGUAUCUGGUAUGUUUUAUGUGACAAGACAAUUUCAAUGAGACUUAAAGUUAAGUUUUACAAAAGUGUAGUGAGAUUGAAUAUGCUGUAUGAUUCAGAAUGUUGGAUAGUAGACCGAAAAAUAGAACAGAGAAUGUGUGUAUUUGAUUGAUUUAAUUGAAAAUUAAAAAAUUGUUUUCAAGUAGAUCAGAUUUCAUAUUAAAACAAAAUAUUAUCUUUAAAUAAAUGGUUUUUUUUUUUUGGAUAUCUAUAUAUUAGAAUUAUUGAAGUUAGGUAAUGAGAAUAUUAGAAGAAAUAGAUUAUUUUGUAUUAUUGCUAGGAUGGUUAAAUAAUUUUAAAAUGUAUUGUAUUAAAAUACAAAAUGUACAAAUUUGCAUUGAAUAAAAUACAAGUUUCAAAUAUUGUUAAGUUAAACUUCGAUAAAUUGAAAUAAAUUACUGAAACUGAUUAUUUGAAAGAUAAACUAUAGAUAACUUGAACAUUUUAUGUUUUGAAUAAAUAUUGAAUUAUUGAAUUAUUAUUAUUACUUGGAAAAUUGUAACACUACAUUAUUAUGUUUUAUUUUUGUAGUCAAAACUUAAUUUUAAAGAAUCGAAAUAAUGACUAAUAAACUUUACUUCUUAUAACUAUAAUAUAUUUAAAAAAAACUAUAAUGGAAAUGUUAAUUAGAGCUUACUGAGUAAUUUAAAAAAUUGUAUUUGGGAAGCCAGCUUUUUAAACAAAUUGGAAACCCUUAGGGUAAAUUUGUUCAAUACUUGUUUUUCAAAAAACGUAUUUUUGUAAAUGACAUUUCAUAAAUGUAUGUUAAAUUAAUCGUAUAUGAAAUAUUUUUAACCGACAAUUUUUCAGUUAAUGCAUUUCUGUAAAUUUUCAAGAAAACAACUACCUAAAAAUUGAUUAAUUCCAUUUGAAGUUUUGACUUUUAAAGUUAAACAAUUUUUUAGCUACAUCAGCCCAUUAUUCUUACAAAAGAACAUCAAAAGAAACAUUUAAAAGUUGAGAUGGUUUUUCUAUUUCAGAACAGUCUUUGAAUAUUGCUUUGAAUUCCUACACAAGACCUCUCACAAAACUUAAAAAUAUUUCUAUGUUUACAGUUUUAGAAAAAUAAUGCUUCUGUAAGAAAUGUAUGUUAAUUUUUCUUUAUAAAUUUUAUGCGAUAUUUGUUUUGGGAAUUUUACACGAGUCACUUAACCACCUUUGAAUUAGAAAAUACAAAUCUUCCCACUACCUAACAAAUGUUCUAUUGUCAUUAUACAGUAGAUAUUUGAAUAAAUAAUCAGAAGACUAAUGCCCAGUUGUAUAAUUUCCAGGGUUAAAUAAAUAUUAGUAAAUCAAUGAUCAAAUUUUAAUCAUUGAUUAAAUCUAUAUCUGUUGUAUGAUGGACGAUUAGGUUAUGAUUAGUUAAUUAAUGAUUAAAACAUAAUGUGGUUGUUUUUAUAUAAUAUUUGAAUUUUGUUGUAUUACACUCUGUACUCAUACAUGUGAUACUCUUAUCACCAAAUAUAUUAUUUUACCCAAAUAAUAAUUAUUCAUAUAUUUUAUUUCAUUAAAAAUUUUCUACAUUAUUAAUUAGUUUUUAAUAAUUUAUUUUUAAUCAUUAAUAUUUUCUAUUAGGACUUGUGUGUAUGUGUAUACAGAAAUCAGUAUGGAUUCAUUAUUAUAUUAGUAGAGAUUUGAAAAUAUAACAGAAACCUUAUAUUUUCCUUUUACAGACUGGUCAAAUUUUCAAAACAUUUGAGCCAUUUCAAAACUAUUUAUAGUUAUACAUUUUUUGGUAAUAUUUAUUUAAUAGGUACUUUGUAGAUAAAAUUGUUACACCAAUUAAAAAUGCUUUAAAAUUUAACAGAAGAUUACCAUGAGUUAUACUUAGUGGUCAACAAGUUGAGUUUUAUAUAGUAUUUUGUUUAUUGUAAGAAUUUUAAUUUCAAAUUUUGACAUAUAUUAUGGAAUUUUAAAACAUGUAUAACCGAACUCUGCUCAGAAUCAUUUUUAAUUAGUAAUGAUUAAUGGUUGCAUAUACAAAUUAAAUUCUUCUCUAUAUUCUAACUUCCCAACUUCUCACUACAGUGGCCCUUCCAUCGAGCAAAGUAUGUCAGUCUCUUAUUUUUUUCAAAAUGUGUGUUUUAAGUCACUGAAUCCAUAGUAUAAUCGAAAAGCUGUGAUUUAAUUUACUUUUAAAGUUAUAGAAUUUUGAAAUUGGCUAUUAUAAUGUAGUCAGCAACAGGAUAGUAAAAAUUAUAAGUUAUGAUAGAGUUUUUUCACUUUUUUUUUUGAAACUACUUUAAAAUUACUAGACAUAAAUAAUGGUGCAGCUUCAUGCAGUUCUAAAAUUAUGUAGGGGAUGGCGCACUAUGAUGCCACUCUUGAUAGUUUUCUGUAUAAAAACUUAAACUUUUGGCUUUUGGUUUACUUCCUUCAGGAGUCCAUGUCAACACACUUCAAAUAAUUAUAACAUUAAAUUAUCAUUAUACAAUUGUUUUUGUGUAGUAAUUUUAUGUAGAUUUAUUUAAAAUAAUAACAGUGAAUCUAAGUAAUAUUUUUUAUUAUCACAUUACAUCAUAAUAUCCAACUAUGAAGUGUUAUUAGUACCUUUAAAUGUUCCUUUAAAAAUAAAUACAACAGUAUAAUUUGAUUUCAUAUUCAAUGCCUUAAAAUACACAUUCUGAAGAUAAAAACCCAAGCAUUGGGAUUAUACCUUUUAAAACCCUUAAUAUAUUUACUGUGAACUCGUAAAAUUAUUUUUUACAUUUGUUAACAAUAAAUGUUUUAAAUAUUGUUACAGAAAAAAAUUGAAGUUUUUGUGAACCGACUCAAUUCUGAUGAAUCAGUUAUACCAUACGAAUAUCAUUAGUAAGUUCUAUAAAUAUUUUGGAUUAAUUAUUUUUAAGAAAAUAUUUUAUAAUUAAUGUAUUAUUUGGUUGUGGUUAAGUAUCUAUCUAUGAUUUUUGCUCUACUUAAUAUGUGUAACCUAUAUUUUAUUAUUAGUGUUCAUUAUAACCAGGUUGUUACACUUUGCAUUAAAUAAUAUCAAUCAAGUUUAAUAUACUUUCAAUUAAAAUUCACUGUGAAAUUUUUGUAUUUUUAGUUCUGAGUGUAGAGUGUAACUACUAUUACAUAAGAUUAAAAAUUAUAUUGCAUUACAAAGAUCAAUUUUGAUUAAUAAUAUUAGGAACUGUUACAGGUAAAUAUUAAGUAGGUUAUAUUUUACCAAUUUUGUACCAUAAUAUAAUCUUAGUUAAUUUCAAGUUAUAAUGCAUACAGACAUUUCUUAAUAGUUUAAUUUUAAUCAUGAUCAUAGAUUUUUUUUUUUUUAUGUUCAGAGUAGAUAUUAAAAUGUCUACAACAAAUAAAUGUGUGUAUUGUCUAAAUUAUACACUUUCCUCAGAGUACACAAUUAUUAAAAAUGAUUCUCAUGGUACUCUCAUUCUGAGGGAAGAAAAACCAAUACCUAAAGUAAAAACACAAAAUUUAAGUUUUCGUUUUUUAUAGAGCUUUCAAUAGUUUCCAAUAUCUUAAUUUACAAAUUAUUAAUUGUAUAUAUAAUACUAAAUUUUUGUCUGAGUUUAUUUAAUUUGUCAACCUUUUUUUAUUAGUUUUGACUUCUGUACAUCUGACGAAAGUAAAUCACCAACUGAAAAUCUUGGACAAGUUUUAUUCGGUGAAAGAAUCCGACCAUCUGGAUAUAAUGUAAGUACUUAAAGUACAUAACUCUAUUGUAUUAAAUCAUAACUUUAAAAAAUAUGCAUUAUUUAUUGAACUUCUUUAAGUUUACUGACUAUCUAGUUCAAAUAAUACAAAAAAUUAAUUGAAUUAUGUUGUAUACUAAAUAUUCUUAUUUAAUUUCUUGUUUCUUUUAAAUUACAGAUGCAACUUCAUUUUUAAUUAUUAACAUAUUAUGUGUAUGCUUAUUAAAUUUCUCAUAGUUUUAAGUUGUAAAAAGAUUAAUUAAUUAUGUGAUUUGUUUUUCAUUGUUAUUAAUUUAUAGAUAUCAUUUUUAAAUGAUGAAACUUGUAAAGUAUUAUGUACCAAAAAAUAUGUUCCUAAUGAUUCAAUUAGCUCUAUGAAGUUAUUUGUUCUUAAGCGAGGAAUGAGCCUGAACUAUCAACAUCAUUUUAUUGUUGGCAAGUUACCUUUUAGUAUAAUAUAGACAUUACCAACAUCUAGGUUUUGGUUUAUUGAUUUAAAUAAAUCUAAAAAAUUAGAAUCUUGACAAUUAGUUAUCAUGUGACUUGUAUUAAUUUAUGUUACUAUGUAUUGUAUAUUUAUUUAAAUUUAAAUAUUAUACAUAUUUAGUGUAAAAAAUAGAAUACUGAGAUAAUAAGUUUAAUUUUGUAUUUUUUUUUUUAGAUAAUAUGCCAGUUACUUGGUGUUAUGAUUUGGAUGAUAAUUUACAAUAUUGUAGUACAGGCUUUCCAAUGGGUUGCUACAAGCCAUCCUUGAAUCACGAUAAUAAUUUAUGUGCAACAAUUCUUAAUGCAAGUCUAAAUUAUUAAGAUAAAUUAUAUUAUAUUUAAACAAUCAAUUAUACUUCAGAUAUUUAUGUAUUAUCCAUUUAUACUUUAUAGGACCAUUAAUUUAUUAAGUGUUAAUUACUUAAUAAUAAGUUUUAAUUUUAUGUAUUUCAUAUACCAUAUACUUAUUUAUUUAUUCUAAAUUAUUGUGUAUAUUAUAAAUAAUUUUAUGUUGUUUUAGGCACCUCCACAGCUUAUGAAACAAAAUACAUAUUAUAUAUUCAAUCAUUUAGAUUUUACAAUCACUUAUCAUAGUGGAAAGAAUGAAGAGUGGGGCUCAUCAUUUAAUUCUGAAGGUGGCAGAAUUAUAGGUUUGUUUCCAAACAUUUUUAUAGUACAUUGUAAAUUAAUUAUUUAGUUAAAAAUUUUAAUUUUUCAUACAAUUUUAAUGGUAUAUAUUUAUACAUAAUUAUGUUUAUUUUAAAGCUGUUAAAGUUAAACCAAGAAGUGUGAAGCAUAAAUAUCCAAUUACAGUUACGGGGUGUGAACUGCCGGGAAAUUUCAUGGAAAUUCCUGCUGAUAAAAUAACCAGUGAAUUAAACAUAACAUAUACUUACUCUGUUAAAUUUGAGGUUGGUAUUAAGUAUGUUAUCAUUUUAAACUUUACUAUUUAUUUAAUGACAUAUUUUAGAUGAAUAAUACUGUUAAAUGGUCAUCCCGGUGGGAUUAUAUAUUGGAUUCUGUUCCACCAACUAACAUACAGUGGUUCAGUAUAUUUAAUUCUUUAAUGAUAGUAAUUUUUCUAUCUGGGAUGGUAGCAAUGAUUAUUUUGCGUACAUUACAUAAAGAUAUUGCUAGAUAUAAUCAGGUAAUACUGUUAUUAAAUGUAUCAUAUUAUACAUUUAAUAUUGAAUAUUAACAGGUUUUUGUGAUUAGAUUGAUGCUGGUGAUGAUAUCAAAGAGGAAUUUGGUUGGAAACUAGUUCAUGGGGAUGUUUUUAGGCCUCCAAGAAGAGGAAUGUUACUUUCAGUUUUCGUUGGUUCUGGAGUACAAGUGCUGUGUAUGACUGUUGUAACACUAGGUAAUUGUCUACUUGUGAAAUUUAAUUAUUAUUUUGCUUUUUAAAUGAUGUUAUGAUUGUUUUUCAGCAUUUGCAUGUUUGGGAUUUUUGUCACCAGCAAAUCGUGGUUCAUUAAUGACUUGUUCUUUAGUAUUAUAUGUUUGUUUGGGAACACCCGCUGGUUAUGUUUCAUCAAGAAUUUAUAAAAGUUUUGGUGGUGAAAAGUGGAAAACCAAUAUAAUUUUGACUUCCAUGUUUUGUCCAGGGUCAGAUAUUUUUAAUAUUUCAUAAGUUGUGUUGAUAAAUAUAAUUACUUUUGGGAAAAAAUUAAAUCUGCAAUAAGUAACUUAUUUAUAAUUUUUUGUUUCUUCUUGAACUCUUAACAAAUACAAAUUUUAUUACUGAUCAGUGGACCAGAUAUUAAUAAACAGACAAACCUACUCUACUUCACACAUUGGGUGGGCCAUUGUUGUAGGUGAAAAGUUGGGAGGAUAGUAUUUAGAAGGGAAUUGAAUGCAUAUCUGUAUGCCACUUUAAAUUACUGCUAACAAAAAAAGAUUCUGAGCAGUUUAGUUAUACAUUUUGAAAUUUGAUUUUAUGAAUUUGAUAAUGAUUUUUGUAAAAAUUUGAUAUUGAUUCUGUAUUAAAAACAAAUUCUAUUUAAUUUAAUUUUUUUUUUUACCACAGUAAAAUUUAUUAUGAACCUCCUGUAAAAUUUUCAAUAAUUUCUGUUUAGUUUAAUAAUUUUAUCCACAGAGUACCUACUGAAUAAAAAUUCCAUAAUAAAAACAAAUUAAAUGCCUAUAAAUAGCUUAAAUGGCUAAAAUGCUUUUAAAAAUGUAACCACAUCUAGAAAAGGCAAAUAUAAGUUUUUAUUCAAAUUUCAAGUCCCUAUGAAUAGUUUUAACUGAAUUUCACCAAAACAAAAAUUUAAUACACAUUUUUCUAUGAAAGGAAAAUUAGUGACUUCCUUAAAGUACCACUUAGUUAAAAUUAGUGUUAGUGUAUUAAUAUACAGGCUGUCCCGCAAAGAUUUACCCCUUGAAUAUCUCUGAAGAUAAUAAAGAUAAUCAAAUUAUGUUUUUUUUUUUUUUUUUUUUUUUUUUUUUUAUAUUACUCAAAAGGAAUGAAGAGUACUAAUAUUUUUAUAUGGAUUAAUUUUUUUUGUUAUUAUGAAAAAAUAACUUAUUAUUUUCAGAAAAAUUUUAAAAUAGACAAUCUGUAGUUUUUUCCUGAACUUUUCAAUGUAUCACAAAUUAUAUCUGAUGAAUAGUAUCUAAGUAACAACCAAUUUAAAUUUCACUAAUCCAUGUGAAGCCUGGUGUUAUUUAGAAAAUAUCCUAACUGUGUUCACAAAAAUAUUGGUUUUCACAUAGAUUAAUAGAAUUUAAAAUGGCUGUUACUUAGAAACAUCAGAUAUAAAUUUAUAAUACUUUCACAUUUUCAAAAAAAACCUACAGAAUGGUUAUCUUAAAAUUUUCUUAAAAUAAAAAAUUCAUAUAUAAAUAUUUGUACUACUAGUUCCUGUAAGUAAAAUAAUAAAAAACAUAAUGUGAUUAUCUUUAUUAUCUCUGGAAAUAUCAAGGGGUAUAUCUUUAUAGGACAGCCUGUAUAUACUUUAUAUAUUAUAUUAUUAUAUAUUCAUAUGUAGUUAUAAAUGCAUGGUUUUAAUACACGUUUACCAGUGUACUUGUGUAUUUUAAAUACCCAUAGCAAAUUGUAAGCCUUAGUUUGAAUUAACAAACUGUUGUUUCCAAAACUAAUUUUCAACUUCCUAAUCUUCCCUCUCCAAAUAUUUUUGGUAGACCUCAAGUGUUAUUUUUAGUAAUUUUUUUCUUGUGUCUCAUUACAUGUAUAAUAUAAUUUAAAUUUCUGACAAACAAUAAAUUAAAUUAUUUUAAAUUUGUUUUUUUUUUACUUAAUGUAAGCCAAUUAAAGGCAUGUAAAUCAAUAAGUAACAACAAUUUUUCUGAUUAAAAAAAGUACCCCUUAACCUCAUAAAAAGGUUUGCAUAUUUAAAGUAGAAUUAAAUUUGGAUUUAAUAAUUUCAAGAACAUAGAUUUAGAUGCAUGAACUGAUGGUUUUGUGCAAAAUUUGAGUAAUAUUAAUUUAAGUUGUUUUUGGGGGGGAGCUAGAACGCCUCUAGCUCACUGUGUACUAGUAUUAAAUUUUUAAUUAAGGAUCUAUUAAUAAAUUAAUAAUGUGUUUAUUUUAACAAUUGAAAAAAUAAAUCUUUUUUAUUUAUGUUGUACUAUAAUUCUUGACUUGUCAAUUUUAAUUAUUUAACAGUGUUUAUUCAAAUGUUUUUCAUACAUUUUAAUAUAAGGAGUGAGGGGGGAUAAUUAAAUUCAUAUAGCUAUUUUAUUAAAUUUAUAAUUUGGAGAUUCACAUUUAAUUAGUUAUAAAAAAAAGUUGAGUUCCACUGAUUAAAGAUUAUCUGAACAUAAUAUAUAAUGUAGUAUAUUAAAAUAAGUAAAAUAAUAUUAAUUCAUGUGUUUUUCAGAGUGGUAUUUUGUUUAUUUUUUAUUAUGAAUUUGGUUCUUUGGGCUAAAGAAAGUUCAGCUGCUAUUCCAUUUUCAACAUUGCUAGCAUUGUUAGUCUUAUGGUUUUGUGUAUCUGUCCCACUGACAUUUGUAGGUGCAUUAUUUGGUUUCCGUAAACGAGUAAGUAUUUUAACAUUAUCAUUUCAUUUUUACUAUGAAACUUGUGUAUAAUUCUUCUAUCAUUAUAAUAUUAGUAUUAGUAGUUAACAUAAUGUUAAUUUUAUGAAAUUAAUAUAAUUUAUAAGUUUAUUUAAACAACUUUUACAUUUUUAUUCUUGACCAUAAUAUGUUAAUCCUCUUCACUUAAAUUGUCUAUUUCUGUGGCUUCAUUGAGUUUUAAUUAUUUUUAUGAAAGUGCAAAUUUUCUAUACAAAUAGAUGGAUUUAGUUAAAUAUAAUUCUAUUUCAUUUAUGAUUAUUAUUAUUUUAGCCUUAUUGUUAUUAUUAUUAUUUUAGCCUUAUGAUUAUUAUUAUUUUAGCCCAUUGAACAUCCUGUAAGAACAAAUCAAAUUCCACGUCAAAUUCCAGAACAAACUAUUUAUACUCAAUCCUUCCCAGGAAUAAUAAUGGGUGGAGUUUUACCUUUUGGAUGUAUUUUUAUUCAACUUUAUUUCAUCCUUAACUCUUUGUGGUAUGCUAUUUAAUUUAAUAUAUAAUGUUUUUAAUAUUUAAUUAAAUAAUUUAUAGUUUGCAAAACAAAAAGAAACAAUUUAAUUUACUUAUUCUGUUUUUAUGUAACUUUAUAUAUUUCAGGUCUAACCAGAUGUAUUAUAUGUUCGGAUUCCUUCUUCUUGUGUUUAUAAUACUCAUCAUAACAUGUUCAGAAACCACUGUACUCUUAUGUUAUUUUCAUUUAUGUGCUGAAGUAAUUAAACAAUUGAUAUAGUGAUCAUUCAAUUUUUACAAUAAUUAUGAUUUAUUUAAAAUAUUUUUUUUAUAUUCAGGAUUACCAUUGGUGGUGGCGUAGUUUUUUAACUAGUGCAUUCACAUCUUUUUACCUAUUUUUGUACUGUGUUCAUUAUUUCAAAACCAGACUUAAUAUUGAAGGAGUGGCAUCAACUUUUCUUUAUUUUGGAUACACAUUUAUAAUGGUUUUCCUAUUUUUCUUGAUGACUGGUAAGUUAAUUGUUUUUAACAAUACAUAAGGUGAUUUGUUUGUGAUAAUAUGCCACCAUUAUUAUGAUACAUUUAUUAUUCCUUUGUUCUAAAUUUUAAACUGUUACAACUCUAAAUUAUGUAACUUAUUAUAGUAUUAAGAAUAACAAUUUUUUUUUUCAUAUAUAUUGAAAAAGAAGGGGGUCAUAUUUCCUCUUAAGUCACCCAUUUUGUUUAAUCUUGUGUUAGAAAAGAUGAUAGAGAGAUAAAAAUUGAGGUUCAAGAAGGCAUAAAACUUCAAUAAUCUAUGAUUUCUUUUAUUUCAUAUUUUAGAGACAUAAUAGAAAUUUUUUCCAAAUAUAUAUUUUGAAAAAUAAAACUGUAAAAAAUCAGCCUCUAAAAAUUAUGUUUCUUAAAAUAAAUUAUGGUCUUAAGGUUAAAAAUUAUACACUUCUUUGCAUUCACCCUAACUAUUUGAAAUUAGAACACAAAAUACAAAAAACAAAAUUUUAAGAAAUUUUAUUUUUUUAUUUUCACCAACGAAAACCGAUUCUGAGUGGAGUUCAGUUAUACUUAUUUUGAAAGGCUAUAAUAUUUACGAUUAUCAUUAAAAUUUUUAUAAAAAAAAUCUACAUCACUCUUAUUUUAUUUAACAACUUAGUACCACUUAUAAUGUACCUCCUGUUAAAUUUUUAAGCAUUUUUGUUUAGUAUAACAAUUUUAUCCAUUUUACCCAGUAAGUAUUAAGUAAAAAACUCUCAAAAAUUAUGAUGUCUUUAAAUAGCUAAAAUAUUUUGAAAAUUUGACCAUGUCUAGAAAAGACAAAUAUAAGUUCCGUCUAAACUUCAAAUCUAUACAAUUAAUAUUUUAAACUAAAUCUUAAAAAAAAAAAAAAAAUGAAAAGAAAAUAAUCCUUUUUCCGGAUUUUCCCAUUUAUUAUGAAACCCCUGAGAAAAUCAAAAAACGUCCUACCUAAACUACCACCUUAGACCAAUUUUCUUUCAGGAAAUAUUCUACAUUUGAAUAUUGCAGCAAAAUAUCAAGUAGAAAAGUUGUUCACAGAUUAAAAAACCCAAAUAAACAUGAUUAUAAAAUCAAUAAAUUCCUUGUGUUUAGAAUCUAAAAUAACUAAAAUUAGACUACUUUACAAAGUUUUCUCUUUAAGCGAAGAAUUUUUGCUAAAAAAUUUACUAGGCCCUCUUGUAUUAUGCAAAGUAUGACACAUUUUGCAACACUAAUAUUGUUAAGUUAGCAUUAAAAAAAUAAGAAGCAUUUAAAAAAUAGAUCAAGUUAUUGAUAUUGUAAAUUCAUAAGAAUUAAAUGCGUAAAAAAAAAAUAGUCAGAAAGUCUGACCAGUUAGUUCUUGGGGUUUUUAAUAAUGUUUUUUAUUUUAUUUUGCACAUUGAUCAUAUUAUGGAAAUAUGAGAUCAGAUAGGUAUGAUCACAUCAAUAAGUGUUUUUGUGGAAUUUAGGCUCUACAUUUACUGCAGUUCUUGCAUUUCAUUACUCAUGAUAAGUUUUAUACUUGCAUAAUUAACAUUGAUUAAUUAGGUAUACAAUUUAAUCAUAGACAACAAUAAAGAACAUUAAAAUAAUAGAAUAUUUAACAUAUUGUGUUUAUAAACUUAUAAGCUCCAUACAAAUUUGUAUUAAGAAAAUAGAUAAUAUGAAUAAUAAGAUGCUAAACUAAAGUAAGAAUGUUGAUAAUAUCUAUUUUCUUAUAGCUAAUCUAACAAAGUAGUACCAAAAUUUAUAUAAUUAUAUUAUAUUAUAUUUAAUUAUAAGUCACAUGCUCAUGCGACCAACUAAGCUAUGACAACCACUUAUGUGAUAAUGUCAAUAAAACAUUCAUAACUAUUUCUUUACAAAACCUUCUAUUGUUAGUAAAGAAUACUUGAAUUACAAUAUUCAUUUUAAAUUAUCAUAAUAUAAAUCUGUUCAUGAUAAUCAUUUAUUACUUAAAUAAAUUCAGGUGAUUGGCCACUGAAUUUUUAAGUUAUUUUAUGUAAUUGUUGCCAUCUAAUUUCUGAUUGUGCGAUGUAAUUUUUCAAAUAUGCUUAAGUGAUACUCAAUUUUAGGAAAUAUUUAAACUAUGUGUACAGAAUUUUUCUUUAAACCAUAGUAAAUGAUGAUAAUUGUUUUCAAUAAGUAUGUUCUAAUAGAUAUAAAUCUUUUCAGGUACUAUUGGAUUUUUCGCAACAUUUUGGUUUGUUCGAAAAAUAUACAGUGUAGUUAAAGUGGAUUAGUUUGAAAACAUAUUCUUUUUUUAAAUUAAGUCA